AUUUGAUUUUGUUUGAAAUAUUUAAUAUUAAGUAGAAGACAUGAGGCCGCUUUAUAUAGUAUCAUUGUUUACAUUGAUUUUUCCAUUCAUUUGUGCUCAAGAAUUCAGGGGAUAUUUUACUGACCCUGAUUCGCCUGGGAAAUGCUUCUUUGGUGGUGUAGCAGUCUUGCCUGGCAAUAAGGUACAACUUGCAGGCAAAUGCAAACUUUUCAUUUGUCAAAACAGAGAUGGAUCAGGCAUAGUUCGCAGCUGCGGACCGCAGAAAGUUGAUUCGCCAUGCAUGUUGGGAGAUUUCUUGAAUGUUAAUGCUUCCUUUCCGGAUUGUUGUCGGCGUGAAGUUAUUUGUCCAUAAACAUUUUCGAAUAUUUACCAAAUAUACUAAAUAAUAAAUGGAAUAUGGUUUAGAAAAAGAGUUUGUAAAACAAAUAUAAAGUCGAAAUGUUCGGUAA